AAAAAACGGUAUAAGGAGAUAUAUUGUAAUUAUAAUAAAUGAACACAUUUUGAAUAUGAGAAACAAACUGUUGUCAUAGUAACACGUUAUUCAAUCAAUUACAGUAAGGUGUGAUGAUGUUUCAGAAAAACGAUAACUACUCUUUAGAAGGAAGUUGUUCUGCUUUAUCUAAUAAUUUAUGCGUAUAUAAAGAAAAUGAAAAAGUCUACCUCAGUUGUGUACAUAAAUCAUCUGUAAAUUUAAUGAUAAUUAAUUCUGAUGGAAGUUCUUUAUGUCAUUUGAUUUCUUUAAAAAAAUCCUCUUUUAACUUGCCUUUUAUUUUACAGACAAAAUGGAUUAAAAUUAAAGAAGUAACUAUUCUAGUAAUUGCUUCGGAAAGAGGUAUUCAGGUUUUUGACCAAACUGGUAAAAUAUUAAUUUAUUCUUAUGCAUUACCUGUGGAUGUUGAUGAAACAACUGAAGCUGUCUUUACUAGAGGAAUUGCCAGCUGUUGUGAUACUUUCUUCUGUGUGGGUACCAGUAAAGGAGAGAUUUUAAUCUUUCAAAGUGCUGAUGAAGGAAAUUCUAUUGAUUUAGUAGAAACUAUACAAGGACACAAUACUCCAAUUUCAGAUCUGUGUGGAAGAGGAAAUAAACUUGUUAGUGCAGAUGAUGAAGGCAAUUUAUAUUUAUGGGAAUACAAUAAUUCUUUAAAAAAGCUUAAAACAUUUGAAAAAUUUAACUGUCCUUGCACAAGUUUGGCUUUGUGGAAAGACCUUAUAUAUGCAUCAUAUGCUUCAGGCCAACUACGUAUAUUUUCUCAAAGUACAGGAUCAUUAUUAGCUGAAGUUGCAGCCCACGCUCGUUGGAUAACAGCUGUUGACAUUGCUGAAGACUCUGGAUUGGCUUUGUCAGUAUCUGAAGAUUCUUUUGUUAGGAUUUGGCAGCUACAAAAUGAUCAGAAUCCAAUUAUUUCUCAUAGAUUUAGCUGUAGAAUUACAGACACUCAGCUAUGUGGUGGUUGCUUUGCUGAUGGUUCUGGAAAAGAAUUCUAUACUACUGGUUAUGAAUUGAAUGAGGUUAUAAAAUUCUCUAUGUAAUAAUUUAAAAUGAAAAUAAAUAAACUCAACUAUUUUUGCAUUAUGAAAAAAAUUUGUGCACUUUGUUGCAUUGUUUGCAGUUAUUUGUUAAUUAAAUUUGAAACUGUAGAAACAUAAUAGAAAUAAAGUUUAUAUC